AUGGCUCGCAAGUUCUUCGUUGGAGGCAACUUUAAGAUGAACGGGACCGUCUCGUCCAUCAAGGAGAUUGUCAGCAACCUUAACAAUGCCACUCUUGACCCCGAAGUUGAGGUCGUCGUUGCCCCUCCCGCCCUCUACCUCCUCCUCGUCCGCGACACCCUCCGCAAGGACAUCGAGGUAGCCGCCCAAAACGCCUACGACAAGCCUUGCGGUGCCUACACCGGCGAGAUCAGCGUCUCUCAGCUCAAGGACGCCGGCAUCAACUGGACCAUCCUCGGCCACUCCGAGCGACGCACCCUCCUCGGCGAGUCCGACGCCGUUGUCUCCUCCAAGACCAAGUUCGCGACCGACGGCGGCAUCAGCGUUAUCUGGUGCUGCGGUGAGAGCCUUGCCGAGCGCGAGGCCGGCAAGACCAUCGAUGUCGUCAGCAGCCAGCUCGCCGCUCUCAAGGCCCAGACUGAGGACUGGUCUAACAUCGUCAUCGCUUAUGAGCCCAUCUGGGCCAUCGGCACUGGCAAGGUCGCUACCACUGAGCAGGCUCAGGAGGUGCACGCCGCUCUCCGUGGCUGGCUCAGGAAGGAGGUUAGCGAUAAGGUCGCUGACGAGACCCGCAUCCUCUACGGCGGUUCCGUCAAUGAGAAGAACUGCGGUGAGCUCAGCAAGCAGCCCGAUAUUGACGGCUUCCUUGUUGGUGGUGCUUCCCUCAAGCCUGCUUUCGUCGACAUCAUCAACUGCAAGAAGCAGUAA